AAUUAAUAAUUAUUAGUGGUGUCCCAGGUAUGUAGCAAUAUCAGAGUUACUCCCCUUAGACUGUCAAAGCUUGCCAACGAGUCAACGACAGCGCAUGAAAGACGGAAAAGCGAUACGUGGCUGGCAGAUUAGCGCACACAACGAAUCGUCAACUGGAAACGUUUCUGUCAUCGCACAAUGGCCGGAAACCGGGCUCCGUCUUGUCACAUGUGGUUCGAUGACCGGAAGAAAGGCGACAUUCUCAUGCACGACGUGUACGUACCUAGCCACGGGGUCACUCAGUGCACAUAUUACUGCUGCCUACAGUGGAACGGAGGUCUCAAUGGCGGAGGUUACUGUGGUAUCCAGGAACACCCUGACGGACAGUGCUAUAUAUUCUCUAUCUGGGAUCCCACUACUACGAACGAAGCCAUAGAAGCGGUUUACAGACAUGAAGGAACCAAGACGGAAAAGUUUGGAGGAGAAGGGACCGGUCUGAAGUCGAUGAAUUUCAAAAUCGGAUGGAAGCCAGACCAUUGGUACACAGUGGUUGCUAGGAGAUGGGACUACAAAGGACACACUUACUUCGGGUUUUGGGUUCGGGACCAGAUUGCCAAUACGUGGUUCCACCUCGUUACCAUGGAUUUCCCGGUGCCGGAAAUAUACUUCGAGACACCAACUGUUUGUUUCAUCGAAGAUUGGAUUGGGAAUGGAGAUAAAUACAGACGUGUCAACUUCAAGAAUGGUUACAAGAGAACGACGGAGGGAUCCUGGCUGCCGUUUCAGAAGGCGACGUUCAACGUUCUCCAGGAAGAUGCUUGCAGAUUAUACAACGACAACUACGACGGGGGAAUUGACUGUAAUGACUUCUUCAUGCAGACUGGCAAGGGGACCACACCCAAUUCUAUCUUAGCCACCGACAGGCAGUUCCCAUGCUCGUUCGCUGCUCAAUCAGAACCGUCCAAUUGUACCAUAGACUUCACCAUAGAGGAAGUGACGUCAAAGAAGGUCACGUGGUCCGUCAAAGAAUCAUCCACACCUCAGUUUUCGUUCAGGGUGUUUGUUGAUGGUUCGGAGGUUGUCCGAGAUAUUGAUCCAGAAAAAAGACGUUGUAGAAUUGCGGCAAAUCGGAGGUCAGAGGUGAAGGUUAUUUUAGAGGACAUUGUUGGGCGGGAGGCCACACUGACUGCACGGGUUCAACGUAAAUGUGGUUGCUGUGUCUGUAUGUAAGCCAGAUAGGACUAAGCGUAUGUACAGUACAGCAUGUUAACCAUCGGCGUUGUUGGGGUGAUUGUUGUCAGUGUUUUACCUGCGUUUGCAUCCCAGGCUUGUGAAAAGCAGCAGCUUGUAAAAUAUUACUAAUUUCAGGUGGUGCGAGUUUGAGGGAUUUUUUUGUUAUUACACUUUCAGGUAUGGAAGAGGUGCUUUUGUAUUUGAUGAUGGAGAUUUUGUAUGUUGAUGGCGGCAUGACUCCAUUAAAGGGUGUUUUACAUCAGAAAGCCUAUAUCUCUGGGACACGGA